CGCCAUUACUCUUCGAUGCAGUGGGCGACGUCGGAGGACGCCAUACUCCACGUCGAGAAUUCGCGAACCGCGGUCGCCAUCCUCGGCGUCAAUCCGAGCACCUGGACAGAGGCGGACGUCGGCCAAGCGUACCGCGCUCUCGCCAAGCUCCUCCACCCCGACCGGAGUUCAGCAGAGGCGGGGAGAUCGCAGGCAGCCUUCCAGAAGGUGCACGAGGCGCGUGGCGCGCUCAAGUCCAUCGUCGCGCGACGCGCGCCGCCUCCGCCACGGCCAGCUCCGCCCGCCCCGGCACAGCAGCCGCGGCCCGCAAAGCGGGCGCCGGCCAGCAAGCCGGCAAUGGCGGGAAAGCGCGCCAAGUUGGCGCCGCAGAAGGCAGCUCGGCCUCCAGAGCCAUCGCCGAAGCGGGCCAAGCCGGCGGCGCAGGCGCGGCCGCCGCAGUCACGGCAGCCGCAGCCGCAGCGCCGCAGCGCGGCGGCGGCGGCGGCGAAGCCAAAGGCGGCGGCGAAGCCAAAGGCGGCGGCGGCAAAGCCAAAGCCGGCGCCCAAGCCGGCGAGGCGUCAGGAGCCGGGGCUCGGCGCUGCGGAGGCGGCGCUGCUGUCCCAGCUGCUGGCGGCGGUGCAGCGCUUCAAGGAGGAGAAGAGUGCCGCCGAGGCGACGGUGGGCGUGGGCGAGGAGUGGGCUGUGCACUGGAAGCCGCGCAAGAAGGCGGUCUGGUCGGGGUCGGGGUCGGGGGGCGACUUUUACGCCUACCGCCUCGCCUCGCCCGACCGCACGUACCGCUCGCGGCCCGAGCUUGCGCUGUCUGGCGCCGAGGGUCCCGCCCCCACCCGCUCUCGCUCCUCCGCCUCCGCCCCCGCCCCCGCCCCCGAGGAGGUGCGCGAGGUGGACGGCGAGAGCGGCGAGAGCACCGUCUUGUACACGGACGGCGACGAGCGGCAGCACUUCCUCGACGAGGAGGCAUUCCAGGUCGAGGCGGAGGCGCCGGCGGAGGCGGCACCGGCGGCGCAGCCCUCUCCGCAGCAGGCAGAGGCGGAGGCUGAGGCGGCUGAGGCUGAGGCGACAGAGGUGGCCGAGGCGGAGGAGGAGGCGGUGGAGGAGGCGGUGGAGGAGGCGGCCAACGACGAGACGGGCGAAGUCUUCAAGAAGAAGGAGCAGGCGGCGGCGGAGGAGGAGGAGGAGGCGGAGGCGGAGGGCCCCGGCACGCCUCCCGGCACGCCGCUGCCGCCGGAGGCGGAGGCGGAGGCGGAGGCGGAGGCGGAGGCGGAGGCUGAGGCGGCGGAGGGGGCGUGA